GCUUGGCAAUGUGGCGCCCGUUGUGGCUGGUGGCUGGUGGCUGGUGGUAGCUGCGAGGAACGAGGAACGAGGAACGGACGGAUGACGUCGGAGCUACCGCGUAGGCUGCUAUCGUUGCACGCGAAUAAGUUACUUGAUGCUCCGGUCCUCCGUUGCGCGUGUCUAUCCCUUUCUGUAGAUUUGAGAAGUGUCAGAGUACUGCGUUGAGACAGCUCCAGCAGCAAUGGCAAAGGACGAUAAGCCUGUGAUCGAGGAGGUCGACGGCGUGGAGCGCAUCCGCAAGGAAGCUCGGCCAGACUUCUCAGUUCCUCCGCCGCGCAAACAGCUCCCCAAGGAUGUUCAGGCCGUGCUGGACGAUGACGAGAAGAUGUGGGAGACCAUCUCGGACGGACGAGCUGAUGAUACCACCGACACAUCCAUCCGUUAUGCCGCCUACGCCACCCGCAUCCGUACCAUCAUGCUCUCGGCCCAGCGCUACGUGGCCUACACAUCAGACAUCGGCGAGUCGUUUAGACCAAUCGCCCAUCCCUACCUCGUCAAAGGCGCAUACGCCGUGUCAUGGCUCUACCUGACCGGCGAUGUCGCAAAUGAGGGCUACAAGGCGUAUAUCCGCAACCAAAAGGUUCUCCACCCCGAGAACUACCUCGACAGCCCCACAGACAUCAACAAAGACGAUAAGGAGAACAAAGACAUGGCAGCGACCGGGCGUGCAACAGGCGUAGUGAACCAGGUGCAGCAGCUUGCGCAGAAAGCCACAAGUACCGAAGGUAUCAAGCUGGGCGGACAGGGAAGUAUUUUGACUGGUGGACAAGUUGUUGCGGGGAAAAUACCGGCCAUUGAGGACUACAGGGCUGUCAUGGCGCAAAGGGCUAUCUUCCAGGCUGUGGCAUCCAUGGGUCUGCCCGCCUUCACGAUACACAGCAUUGUCAGGUAUUCUGGCCGCGCGCUCAAGGACGCCAAAAACAAGACGCUUCGAACAUGGGGUCCCAUCGGCCUUGGUCUCGCAGCCGUCCCGUUCCUGCCAUACAUGUUCGAUGAGCCAGUCGAGCACGCCACCGAGUGGCUGUUUUACAAUGGUUUCAAGCUGGUUGGUGGAGAGAAGGCGGUCGAGGGCCGACCCGUCACUGGCGCCAAGGAGUUGAGGAAGGAAGAGAGCCAGGCCAACAAGCUGAAAGAGCUAUGAGCAUAACAUACAUGCACAUGUACGCUUUUCAGACCUUGUGAGGCUCAUCAAUCUGACCCUCUCAGGCUACACUUAGUUCAAUACAUAUCCACUUCGAAUAUCGAUACGACCGAAAA